AUGUCGAGCCGCAAGCGCCGCGCUCCAGGCGCUGAGCCGCAAGCCCAGGUUCAGACAUACCAGCAAGACGCCAACAUGUCGUCUGACCAGUUCAUGAACUGGAGCGACCCCACCAUGAGCGCGGACAUGAACUUCAACGACCCACAGCUCUUCGACAGCUAUGCCGCGAACACAGCAGGGGGAGGACACAACCGAGUCGUAUCGCUGGACGACGGCGCAGACAUGAAUCUGGGGCAGUUGGUCAGAAGAAAUCCGAAUCAACAGCUUGCUCCCGCGCCAAGACAAGGCCAGUGGGAGGGCUAUCCUAGCCCGGGGCAGCAGUGGGAGCACAUGGAUAACGAUGAGGAACUCGACCAGAAGGCUGCGGUUGCGAAGAAGGAUGCGCAGGCGAAGCGGAAGCAGAUCCCGCCGUUUGUGCAGAAGUUGAGCAGUUUUCUCGACAAUAACAAAAACGAAAACCUCAUCCGAUGGUCAGACGAUGGCAACUCCUUCAUAGUCCUAGAUGAAGAUGAGUUCGCGCGGACACUUAUUCCGGAGCUGUUUAAACACAACAACUACGCUUCGUUUGUGCGACAACUAAACAUGUAUGGCUUCCACAAGAAGGUUGGGUUGUCAGACAACUCCAUGAAGGCGAGCGAAACCAAGGCGAAGGCACCCAGCGAGUACUACAACAAGUACUUCAAGCGUGGUCGCCCCGAGUUGUUGUGGCUGAUUCAAAAGCCUAAGAAUCCUCCAUCUGGCCCAAAGCGGAAGCGAGACGAGGAGAACAAAGGCGACAGUGACGAAGAGCGCAAGUACGUGCAAGACACUGGCGGCGGUGGCUAUGUAGAAGACAUGACUGUGCGAGGCACCGAGCAGAUGGCCAUGAUACCGCGAUCAGAGUACAACAGCUUACGAGUCGAAGUCCAGCAACUUCAACAGCAGCAGAAGCUUAUCUCGAACGUUCUGAGUCAGAUCAAGCGUCAGAACGACGACCUGUAUUCGCGAGCGACCUCAUUCCAAGCGCUGCACGACCGCCAUGAGAACUCGAUCAACGCCAUUCUGACUUUCUUGGCUACUUUCUACAAUCGCAGCCUGGAAGGCAACACGAAUGGCUUGAAUCUCGCUGACAUGUUCCCCCCUGCCAUGCAACGGCAACAAUCGCACGGUAACGUCGUCGAUGUUGAUGACUAUCCAACAAAAGAUAUGAACAAGUCUCCACAGCUACAACGGACCCGAAGACCUCUUGCUCUCCUUCCUGCCCCAGCUCCUGCUCCACAAGACUUGCUCUCACCAUCAAAUCGUGCGACAACUAUGAGUCCAACUACUAGGCCAAUUCCAAGUCCGAUCACCAGACCCGGGAGCAGACAGUCAGUUUUCAAAUCUGCAAUGCCGCACUCAAGACCGCAAUCCACUCUCUCCGCUUCGCAAGGACGAGACAGCUCAUCUGCCGCCCCUCCCAAAGCCGAAACGCCACAGACUCAUCUUCCCCUUCCCGAAACCAACGACAUCAUGUCCGCGAUUCAAAAUGCAAACGCAAAUGCUAGCGUCUCGCAACCAGCAAACCAGGCUUCACAAUUCGACUUUCCCUCCGCCCUCUCAAACUACCAAACACAAGACGGUCACGUACCGCUCACGCCACAGCAGCGCAACGACGUCCUCUCUCUCAUCGCCACCACCUCCGCCGCGCAAAACAACAACAAUGCGCUCACCAACCCCCUCCCACCCCCGGAAAUGUCGAACCUACUGAACGACCUGAGUCAAUUCCAAGCCACACAGCAACAACUCGAGCUCCUGCAGAAGAUGAGCGACGAGCAAAACUCACGCGUGCAAAGCCUACAAGAGCGUCUACAGCCACUCAGCCCAAGCGGCCAGAUCCCCGGCAUAAACGUCAACGUCAACGACGGGGGCUACUUCUCCGGCACCGGCCUAGGCGACCCCGGAGCCUACGAUCUUGAUCUCGACGCUUUCGUCCAGGACCAGGACUACUUCACCGAGAACAACGGGCCGACGCAGGGCAACGCCGACGCGAAUACGCUGCCGGACUUCAACUUCCCCACGCCCGACCUGAGUGCGGGGGGGUUCGGCGCGUCGGCUGCUGAUGCGUUCCAGUUCAAUGGCAGUCCGGAUGAUGGCAUGCUGCAUGCUGGUGGUGGUGGGGCGGCGGGAGAUGGCGUCGCACAUCAGAAUGGGAACCGUAUUGAGAAUCUGAGCUCGAAUGAGCCGUCUCCUGUCGCGACUGUGGAGGAGGUUGAGGAUGAGACGAGGAUGAGACCGAGUCCUAAGCGGAGGAGGAAGUGA